GAAACGGAAGGCAUUCCCGCCAGUGAAUCGGGGCUCAUGCUGACAAACUUUUGAUUCCGAAAGAUGAAUAUCUUCUCGGGCAGAAUAACAAAUUGGUUUUAUAUUAUUUUGAGGGCUGGUUGGACAGACUUGGCCGGCCAUUUGAAAACGAAAACAGAGAAACAUAACCCUCAAACGAAGCAAGCCGAGCGGAACUUUUGGCGAGAAAAUUAGUUUUUAAUGGAAAAGAAAUGGAUGACACUGAAGAGGAGAAAGUGCAGCUUUUGGAAUCUCUCAGGCUCCAAGACGCAGCUCUGUCAACAACGGUCGACGAGUCGAUCGUCGCCCUAAACAGCGACUCGGAUUCGGAAGAUGAUAAAUCCAAGUCCCCCAAUAAUACUCAAAUUCAGACGGAUCACUCCAAGUUCUCUGAACCAGCAGAGCCUGAAGAAAAUGAAUCAGAUUCAGUCGAAGAAAUUAGCUCAGACCCUUCGUGGGCUGAUGCCCUUGAAGCAAACCAGGAGUACGACGCAGUUUUGGCUCAGCUUGAAGCGGAGAUCAAAAUGAACCUUGCAAAGGUCUCAACGCAGUUGGAUGAAUUGCACUCAAAACUUACAGCAGUUAAUGCUGAGAGAGCUACUAUGAAUUUAAAAAGCCAUUGGAUUUAUAUCUUUGGAAUGCCAUAUUUUAAAACACAUGAUUUGUACCCCUGCCCUUACAACAAAGACUACCACUUGAAGAAAACGAACAAUGAAAUUUGUUGGACUGAUUUGCCGGUGUAUCACCAAUGGAUUCCUCAGUACAAAAAAAUUCUGAAUUACGCUGUUAAAAAGUUGUCCACUGAAAAAUGUGAAAUAGAAGCUCAGUUCAAAUUGGCCGCUCUUCGGAAAGAUGCAGAUUUUGCCAAACAGGCUGGGAACAUUGAAAGGGCAACUGAGCUUGAGUUAGAAAUAGAGGCAUUUGAUGUAAGUGAUUUUGUCUCAAAAUCUGUUGAUGCAGUCAUUGCCAGUGGAGACCACGAUUGGCUUCAGAUAUCAGCAAAAUAUUUGGAAGGAAAGCAGUCGCCUGAAAGCUGUCGUAGCUUUUGGAACUUGUACCUUCAGCCCAAAAUAAACAAAGCACCAUAUACCCCAGGAGAAGAAGCAAAGCUUCUGAGCCUAGCUGAAAAAUAUAAACAGCAAAACUGGGAUCUUAUUGCUGAACAGUUGGGAACUAAUCGUUCAGGCUACCAAUGUUUCAUUGUGUUCCAAAAUAAGCUAAAUGAGAAUAUUAAAAGGAGUAUGUGGGAACCUGAAGAAGACCAGAGGCUACAGAAUCUUGUGGAAAAAUUCCGCAUUGGAGACUACAUUCCCUGGGCAAAGGUGACUUACCACUUGGAAGGAAGAACUAAGAGCCAAGUUUUUAAUCGUUGGUCUUAUUCAAUCAAACCUACCAUUAAGAAAGGUCGUUUCACCCAGGAAGAGGACAUUAUGAUUCUGGUUGGGGUUCAGAUGUGGGGAGAAAACUUCCAACGCAUUUCCCAAUUUCUGAGUGACAGAACUACGUCCCAAAUCAGGGAUCGUUACAAACAUUACCUUAAUAGACCUGAUCUGGGUAUUCCCUGGACAGUAAAUGAUGAUGAAAGGCUUCUUAAGCUAGUGGCGGAAAAUGGAAGAAACUGGAAGAAGAUUUGUAAGCAUUUCCCAUCGAAAGACAGAACACAAGUGCGUCAUCGCCAUACUUCAUUGCUUAAAUUUCGAGCAAAGUACCCUAAUGCUCCUCUGACUGAUGCUCCCAGCAGGUGCUAUAAUCCUCAAAUGUAUAAGGAUUUCCAGGAACAGUGGGAUAGAGCUAAAAAGAUCCUUAAUUGUAAUACCAUAGAUGAAAUGGUUAAAGCUAAGAAUAAUCUUGUAUCAUCUCUUCUAAAGAGGAAGAAAAGAGCUAUACCUAAGCAAUCCCAGAAGAAAAAGCCAUCAAUUAUUGAAGCAGACCUUAUCAACUAUUUUCGCUGUAGCUAUGAUAUACCUGGAGCAUGCAGAAAACUUCAACUUAAAUCGGGAGAAGUCCACAAGUAUGCUGAUGAGCUUGAAAUGAUAGUUUCAGUUCUCAAAGCCAAACUAAAUUUGCCCAGUUUUGAUGAAUUGGAUGAGGAUCCAACUCUCUCUACGUCUGAUAAGGAAAUUUUGAAAGCUUAUAUUUCAAGAGGCACUGACUUCUUCAAAGAUUCUCCCGCUCACUCACCAGAGGAGGUGAUUCCAGAGCCAACCACUGAAUCACAGUCUGAAAAGGUCAUUGGGACUGUUCCUCUGCCAUUGUUUAGUGAUCUCAACAAGCCCUCCUCGUCCUCCUCAUCUGACUCAUCAGAUUGUAAUAUUGAUUACAUUCCUUCGCAUGAUUUUGCCUCGCGGUAUAUUGAUUUACCGCUGAUGAACUAUGAGCUGGAUGCAGUUGUGGCAGACAGAAACAAGGACCCCUCAUUUUAUGAAAUCCCUACUUUUGACUACAUUGUUCCUGAUGCAGCUUCUAGCCCGCCCAAAAAAGAGGAAUUUGUUAUGUUUCCACCAAAUUUGACCUCUAUAGUAGCUUUGCGGACGUUCCUCCUUAAUAGACGCACUUUGGUCGAUUGGGCCAAUGCAAAUUCGGGUCAGGUGGUAGAAGUGAAUGAUGAAAAACUGGCAGAAGCCCAGCGUAAGUUUGAUGAGCGUAUUUGGUGCCUUUUCCUUUGGCCUGCAUUAAUGUCAAGAUAUGCUCCAAGUUCUAAUGAUGCAAUUUUCCUGGAUGAAGAAACUACUAGUGUGAAAUCUGACAGUUUUAUGACAGGAUUGAAAAGACCUAGCCCCGGUGGAAAAAUAAUUUCUGCCUUGGCAGCAACAGGGCAACUUAUUCCAGAAGAUGCACCCAUUCAAAACAUUGAUAUGCCAAGCACAUCAGGUAUCUCACUAACCAAAUCUUCAAAGCGAAAGCAAACUAAUUCAGAAACAGUUGAGAAAAGACGUAAAAUUGUAUUAAAGGAGGAAGAUGAAGAUCCGGAUGAUCCCGAUGAAGUUAUGGACAUUGAUUAAUGCAAUAAUGUAAUUUUGUGUGAAAAGGAAAGUUAAAGUUUUUUUCUUCUCCUUUCUUUUCUUUUGUAAACAAGCUUUGCUACUUAAUGUUUUUUUAUUUAAUGUGAUAUGUAGAAUAGUAUGUGAAUCAACUGUGCCCAAUGCUACUGUACCUAAUGAAAGAUGAUGGAUUGCCCCCAUUCAUGUCAAUCUCAUUCUCAAUGUUUUUUGUUACAAUAAAUUUUGGGAAAUGAA